AUGGACGGCACGGCGUCCCCGUCCACGGUAGAGAGCCGAAAACGGAGUACUGCAAAGGAUCUCCUGGCUGGAUCUGCAGGAGGCGUGCUCCAGGUCUUUAUAGGUCAACCGUUUGACAUUGUCAAGGUUCGAAUGCAGACGGCUCCUCCUGGAACGUAUUCGGGCAUGAUGCAGUGUGCGGGCGGGAUUUUGAAAAAUGAGGGUCCGCUUGCGUUUUACAAGGGCACUUUGAGUCCCCUGGUGGGCAUUGGUGCAUGCGUUUCGAUCCAAUUCGGCGCGCUGGAGUAUAUGAAGCGUAUUUUCCAAGCCCAGAAUCUCCGUGCGGGGACAGGAGGUCCAGAAGGGAAAACUUUCAACCCGACACAGCUCAUUAUUGCGGGUGCCAGUGCUGGUAUCGCCAAUAGUGUUGUCUCGGGUCCUGUUGAGCAUAUCCGUAUCCGAUUACAGACACAGUCCGCCACAAAGCCGCUAUACAAUGGCCCAAUGGACGCCAUCAAGAAGAUUUGGGCUGAAAAGGGCAUUGCUGGGUUGUACAAAGGACAGGUGGCGACAUUGUGGCGUGAAGGACCUGGAUAUGCAUCGUAUUUCCUUGCAUACGAGCUGCUCAUGCAACGUGAGAUGGCGGCGAAGGGAAUCCGACGAGAGGAGAUUGCUGCGUCGCACACCAUUCUCUACGGUGCAAUUGCUGGAUACGCGCUCUGGUUCACAAUUUACCCUUGCGACGUGAUCAAGAGCCGAAUGCAGACUGACGGGUUCACGCCGGCUACUGGACAGAAAUACACCUCGACAUUCGAUUGUGUACGCAAAGUCAUCGCGAACGAGGGUAUCAGUGGCUUCCGAAAAGGUCUCAUCCCGACGCUCAUUCGAUCACCCUUUGCGAACGGUGCCACUUUUGUCGGCUUUGAACUCGCAAUGCGGGUCCUCAACAGCUAUUAG